UGCAUAACAAAACAAUUAGAAUUUUGUUUGGUCAGCAGCUGCUUAUUUAUGAUAUAGAGAGAUUGAGGCAGCAGAUAAUCUUUGAAUUUUUGUUUUCUGAGUCUCUUGAUUCUUUUGCUUUCAACUUUGUUCUGGAACUGAUUCUGUUCCCACUUUCAUCAGCCCACAAGAAUUCAUGAACCUCUCCUUCUCACCCUUCAUUAAAUACACCGACACCCCAACCUACCAUUUUUCAGGGUGUCAAUAGAUUGUAAUUCUUUUGCAAAUUAAUCCAUCCUUCAUCCUUCUGUUCAAGUUCUUACUCAAAACCAGGAAGCUUCAUCUUUGAAACUGCUUCAAUGGCCUCAAAGAGAAUAUUGAAGGAGCUCAAGGACUUGCAGAGAGAUCCACCAACUUCAUGCAGUGCAGGUCCUGUGGCUGAGGACAUGUUCCAUUGGCAAGCAACAAUCAUUGCUCCAAAUGACAGUCCCUAUUCAGGGGGUGUGUUCCUUGUAACCAUCCAUUUUCCACCUGAUUAUCCUUUCAAACCUCCAAAGGUUGCCUUCAGGACCAAAGUGUUCCAUCCAAAUAUAAACAGCAAUGGCAAUAUCUGUUUGGACAUUCUCAAGGAGCAAUGGAGUCCAGCACUCACCAUAUCCAAGGUUUUACUGUCGAUAUGUUCACUUCUGACCGACCCGAACCCUGAUGACCCUCUUGUUCCGGAAAUUGCUCAUAUGUGCAAGACUGACAAAGUCAAAUAUGAGUCAACAGCUCGGAGCUGGACCCAGAAGUAUGCCAUGGGCUAAUUAAUUUUGUUUAAAAAAUAUAUAUCCAGCUUCUCUAUUACUAUAACUUGUCUUAUAUAUAUUGAAUUGAGGCCCCCAAAUUGUAAUUUGAGCUCCUUUGCUUGAAAAUGAAUAUUAUAG